UAUGGUUUUCACAGUGUCAAAACCGUUAUCGAUCAAAUUGAUCGAAAGUAUAGAAGUAAACUCUAAGAACCAAAAUGCUAAAGUAAAAAAUCGAAAUAUAUUUGUUCGUUGAUUGGAUAUUGAUAUUUGUUAAAACAUAUAAUAACGUUUUAUAAAAACGUGGUUGGAAAUUGUUCCUGGUCCAUUGGUCAACAAAUCCUCCAAACCAAGUCAUCGUCUCAAGUCAACACUGUAAGCUGUGAAUUUGCCGGCGGGUGGUGCGCGGCGGUUGACGGUGGACUUAUGAUGGAAAUUAGAAUUGUCGGCGUGGUCGGGUGCGGCCAGAUGGGCUCCGGAAUCGCGCAGCUCGCUGCCGUGAACGGCCUUGAGAUAUGGCUCCACGACUCCGACUGGGCGGCUCUGUCUAAAGCCCAUAAAUCAAUCUCUUCAAGAAUCCAGAGCAUGAUCUCCAAAGGACAACUCGACAAGGGCAAAGGUGCUGAAGCUCUAAGGAAUUUGAACUUCACUACAAAUUUGGAAGAUUUUAGGUCUGUGGAUAUUGUAAUUGAGGCAAUUGUGGAGUCCGAGGAGGUUAAAAGAGAGCUGUUUGCUCGAUUAGAUAAGAUGGUAAAAAGUUCUGCAAUCUUGGCAUCCAAUACAAGUUCAAUCCCGAUAACACGUUUGGGCUCUGCAACUAGCCGGCCGGCCCAGGUGAUAGGAAUGCAUUUCAUGAAUCCUCCACCAGUGAUGAAACUGGUUGAGAUUAUCCGAGGUGUCAACACAUCGGAUGAUACAUUCAAUGCCACAAAAUUAUUGGCAGAGAGGUUGGGCAAGAAGAUUGUUUGCUCUCAUGACUUCCCGGGCUUCAUCGUGAAUCGUAUCUUAAUGCCGAUGAUAAACGAGGCAUUCCACGCUCUCUACACAGGGGUGGCCACAAAGGAAGACAUAGAUGCUGGAAUGAAAUUCGGGACCAACCACCCAAUGGGCCCACUUGAACUUGCAGAUCAUAUUGGGCUCGAUGUGUGCUUGUCCAUCAUGAAAGUCCUUCAAAUGGGCCUUGGGGACAGUAAGUAUUCACCAUGCCCGUUGCUCGUGCAGUACGUGGACGCGGGCCGGCUUGUUUUCAAAUACAAGAAAGGUUCAGAUUCAGUGCUGGUGGUGAACAAAGACGAUUACGACCACUGCAAAACAACAAAUCCUAUCAAAAAAUUCGACGGAGGGAGAUCGAUCUUCAGAUUCAGUCGAUCUGGGCCGUUCUUUUUCAUCAGCGGCAACGAAGCCAACUGUAGCCGCGGCCAGAGGCUGAUUGUCGUCGUUUUAGCCGUCAGGAGCGGCGGGCCCGGCCCAUCGCCCGUCGAGCCGCCGGCCCCGCGUCCGGGAUUCCCACCGGCCGAACCUCCGUCUCCGGCGCCGGCGCCGGCGGACUUCCCGCCGGAGAAUUACACACCGGUCGUGCAUCCCCCGCGCCGCUCGUUUGCGGCGGCGGAGGAGUUGGGGCUCUCGGCGGCGUUGGUGGGGGCAGUUUCGAUAGUUUUAAAUGUUUGGUUGGCCGUGUAA